AUGGCGCCUCCAAGUUUAUUUGACUCUAUAUUUGGCCGGGCAGGAUAUCAAAGGACACAGAACGAUGUGCCCUCCAAUAGCAACAAUGCUAUGCCUGGUGCAUAUCAACAAGACCAAGUUAGUGAUCCACCCACAACUAGCCUACGUGAAUCGUUUAAACUAUUGUCAACCUACGUUAAUGUGAUUAUUGCUAAACCAAUUAUCAUUGCGCUUCUACUAAUAUUCCGAGUCUUAACUGCCGUCAUCAAUAUCGUGUGCUUUAGAGAUUUGACUAAUGCGCCUUCCCCAAACGAGAUAGUUGAUCCUAUUGAUAAGGUUAACAAGUUUGUCAGAGACUUGGAGGACAGCAUUCAGCCACUGAUUGCCACGCAAUACCCAAAUCAGUUACCUCCAUUCUUCCAAGGGAGCUACACCCAAGCGUUGUACAUGGCCACCCAACGAGGCAAAUUCCUUUUUGUAUACUUGACUAACCCCCAGAAUGAAGGCGCUUCCUUUAUAUUCAACGAGAUUAUAAUGAAUCAGGAAUUUGUUAAGAUCUUCAACAAUGACAUCAUUAUAUGGGGCGGUGACUUGAAGAACCCGGAGGCUUAUCAAUUGGCAAACAGUUUAAAUGUCACGAAGUUUCCAUUUUUGGGGGUCUUGUGUUUGACUAGAAUUACGAAAAUGACUCCAGAAGGUCCGAAAAAGGAUCCGGCAAAAAUCUCAUUAAUCGCCAAAAUUCAGGGUGGAAAAGUUAGUCCGCCAGAAGAUCCCGAUACUGUAAUACGAAACAAGUUUGUGAAGAAAAUUGCAAAAUACGAACCCGAGUUGGUAUUGAUUCGUCAGGAGUUGCAAGACAAGUACAUGAGUGAGGUAUUGCGCAAGCAGCAAGAAUAUAACUACAUGGCAUCUAUGCAACAAGAUAUGAUGAAGAAGAAUGCAAAGAAAAGAAAGGCGUUGGCAAAGGAGUAUUUGAUGUAUAAAGCGCGCCAGUAUGAACAUUUGACGACCCCUCCUUCAAAAGAAGAGGCAAAGAAUUAUGCAAGAAUCGUGUUGAAGUUCCCGGAUUCCACUAGAGUGACGGCUUAUUUCCCAAAAGGUUACAGAAUAGAGGAUGUGUUUGUAUUUGUUGAAAUUGUUCGACAGGGUUUGUUGAAUCUGACUUCAACUUUGACAGAAUCAGACGCAAUCAGUAAAUUUGAUGACUUUAGAAUUGAAUUUAAGUUCAAGUUGGCUUCGCCGUUACCUCCUAGGACAGAUUUGUCACUGAAAAUGGAUAAGCGGAUUGAGGAAAUCGAUUUGGUCUAUCCAAAUGGGUUGCUAUUAGUAGAAGAUCUAUGA